UGUCUUAUGUCCAGUACUUCACAAUUACAAUAUCCUCGUUCAAAAAUUUUUGCAGUCUCAACAUUUUUGUAGGCAUAUAUAAACAGAAUUGAUUGACCCAUUUGUUAUUUUCUACAUUUAUUAAACUGAGAUUUCUGACCACGUUGGGACUUGAGACAUUUUCCCUUUUAGCUGACGUUUCAAUCUUUAUGGCCAAAUCGUACUGCGACCUAUUCGUAGAAGCCGAUACCCAUCACAGCUGAGUUCGAUUUUGAUCUCCUUCUCAUGGAAAUUGCUGUUGCUUCUACACUUACCUUUGAGGGGGCUUGUUGCUCGACAUCAUAUGCAUUCACAAGCAGUUGGAAUAGAUCUUCUUUUGAUGUUCGUGGCAGAAAUAAAAGAUUUGGAUCAACAGAAUUCCAUUGGUUGUCUAAGGGACGUGACCUUUGCUUGUCAAAAGUUUCAGUGGCUGCUGAUUACCCAGAUUCAGUUCCAGAUUCAUCAAGUUUUUUAACUAACAAAGGUUAUCAUCCUCUUGAAGAUCUAAAAGUUUGCAAAAGAGCACGGAACACUGAACUCACUGCUGCAGAAGUAGCAAGGACCGCUGUGGAGGUCAAUAGCAAUGCUUUGUUGUUAUUUCCCGGAACUGUGCACAGUGAACCACAUGAACAAGUAUCGUGGAAUGAGUUUCAAUAUGUUAUUGACGAUUAUGGAGAUUUGUAUUUUGAGAUUUUUGAUAGUGUGAACAUGUUAGAAGAUCGUGGAGCACACAAUCCUGUGAAUGCUUUGAUUGGAAUGGACAUGCAAAUGUAUGAGAGUAGGAGGACAGUUGGAGAUUAUAGUGCGGCAGAUAGUGGCUAUGGUGAUGUUGUUCCUUUUGAUUACGAUUAUAUUGAGGUAGUGGAAACUGAUUUAGCUGAUAUUCCAGUUGACUGGGGAGCUCCAGAUGAUUCUAGCUUGGUUCAUCCUGUAUACUUUGCCAAGUGCUUGAAUAAGGUUAUCAAUAUGGAAUAUGACAGAAAGAUGAUGCAUCCUUCAAAUGGGGUUUCCAUUUUGGGAUGUCUCAGACCUGCAUAUGCUGAUGAAGAAUCUUAUGUAAGAAGAUUAUUUUUCUUUGAAGAAAGUGAAGGCUACAACACAGAAUGGAAAGUCAUCUCAUCUUUAACCACAGGUUUAGAAGGCGAAACCUUGAGCUUGGAGUCCAAAAUUGAUAGAAGCAGCCAAAGAUCCACUCUCUACAGGUUGGAGAUAAUGAGAAUUGAGCUCUUCUCUGUAUAUGGAGUUCAGUCCGAAGUUAGUUUGCAAGAUUUUCAAGGUGCUGAACCUGAUAUUCUUCUGCACUCUACUGCGGAAAUUAUAGAGCGUUUUAGUGAGAAGGGCAUUAGGUGCAAUAUUGCUCUUAAAGCUCUUUGCAAAAAGAGGGGUCUUCAUGUUGAGGAUGCUAUUUUGAUCGGAGUCGAUAGUCUUGGCAUGGAUGUGAGAGUAUGUUUUGGGACAGAAGUACAGACUUUUCGAUUUCCCUUUAAAAUCAGGGCAACAUCUGAAGUUGCAGCUGAGAAGCAGAUUCAACAACUCUUGUUCCCACGAUCUCGACGUAAAAAAUUACGAAGCCAUGGGGAUGGAUUGAGAGAUACUGUCAGUUUUUAGAACAGGCUGUGCGUUAUUUUGACAUUUGGUGGUUCUUAGAACUAAAUUUCACAGCUAAGGCGACUUAUUACUCAAAUCUGUCAUUAGCAUUAGUCUUAGUUUGAGAAUUGUACAGUUCAAGUUGAUAAUUCACCCUCUGUUUUUUUAUCAGAUUCCUUUGUCUGCACUUAUUAUUAAUUUCUUUGGUACCCUCUCGACUUCCACAUCUGAAUUCCCUUGGUGUCACUACAAGGUUUUUGUCCUAUGCCGGUGCAAGAAUGCACAGAGACUAUGUCGAUGCGUUUCUGCAUGGGCCGGCAGAAAACGGUCAGCAUCCCACACAAUAUCCGUCGACAAUUUUGGUUGUAUGACACAAUAUCCGUCGACGAUUUUGGUUUUGUCGGAAGAAAAAAGGUCAGAUAGCCUGAAUUUCUUCUUGUAUAUUCUCCCUACAUCUGCUCUUCUUGGAGAUUCAUUCUCAUUGAUAUUACUUGAUUAGUUUAAGGCUGCUAAAAGUAGUUGAAAAAAAGAACAAAAGCAAGCAAGGCCUUACAUAAACGAUUUUCCGAGAUGAAAAUGAAAUGUUCACUUUGUAUGGUGAUUUACUACGA